UAGUGUCGUGAGUUUUUGCCCAAUGUUUUUACGGAGUUAAGUAACGACGUUGUUUUUGUUCCGUGCUCUAUGGCACGUACUGCAUUUUCAACGGCAGCUGCUCUGACGGAAUUUUCGAGAACUUUGUUCAGAGACUCUACGGGGGGUGCAGUAGGUGAAGAACCUGGUAUAGACUGGACGAUCCACGACCACGUCUUUGGCACCAGUCUCCCCGCUGCUGCAGCUCCUCCCUCUUUUUGGCGAUGUUGCCAAAGUAAAAGGAUAAACUUUUAGUUUUUCACCUACUUUUUAUCAGCAGUGCGGAAUUUGCACCCAAUCACAGUCCAGCUCUAGGUUUGACCUGCUUUGACCAGUUACAGUGAAAACUAGGCCAAACGGUGGUGUUGUUGGUCCGACCAUGAAACAGUUCCUCCUCCCCUCCGUCCUGAUCGUCCUCCUCGGCGUCGGUGUUGCCAGCGGCGGCCAUGUCCUGGUGUUCCCAGGUGAGUACAGUCAUUGGCUCAACAUGCGGAGCAUCAUGGACGAGCUGGUGCGGCGGAACCACUCGGUUACUGUUCUAGUUUCCGACGCGUCGCCGUCCAUCAACUACAACGACACCCGUGACGCGGCCAAGUUCAACUUCAUCGUCUUUAGGGUCCCGUUCAGCAGAGCGGAGAUCCACGGCGUGACCGAAGACUUCGUCUAUUUCUCUACCUACAAAUCACAGCAGGCGUCUGUGCUGCAGAAGAUGAUGAUGAUGCAGAACUGGCUUCGCCAAGCAGUUCACUUCGGGCUCCUCCAGUGCGACGCCAUGUUGAAGAACCAGGAGUUGAUGGCAACCCUGAGGGAUGCCAGGUUUGAUGCCGUCCUGCUGGACCCCAUGAUAAUGUGCGGCGACCUGGUGGCCGACGUGCUCGACCUGCCGCUCAUCGUCUCUCUACGCUUCUCGUUCGGUAACGCCAUCGAGCGUCUCUGUGGCCACGCGAUGGCGCCGCCGUCGUACGUCCCGGCUGCACCGCUGCCUUACAGAGACAACAUGACGUUCAGUGAACGGCUGGUGAACGUGGGGUUGUAUGUGUUCACGUCUGCCAUGUCUCAGUGGUUCUGGAGGACAAACAUAGAUCAUUACUACAGCGAGAUUAAAGGGAGACCCAGCAGUGUGUGUGAGAGCCUGGGCCGGGCGGACAUCUGGCUCAUCAGAACCUUCUGGGACAUCGAGACGCCGCGUCCGAUUCUACCAAACUUUAAAUACGUGGGUGGUCUUCACUGCAAACCGGGGAAACCGCUGCCCGACGACCUGGAGGCCUUCUACCACAGCUCAGGUGACGCCGGCGUGGUGGUGGUUUCCUUCGGCUCCAUGGUGGCCAACCUGACGGCAGAACGCACUGAUGUCAUCGCUGCUGCCCUGGGGAGAAUCCCACAGAAGGUGAUCUGGAGGUACAAGGGGGCGAAACCCAAAACGUUGGCAGCAAACACGAAGAUUUUAGACUGGAUUCCACAGAACGACUUGUUGGCUGACCCUCAGACCAGAGCAUUUGUGACACACGGGGGCACCAACGGGCUGUACGAAGCCGUGUACCACGCCGUGCCGCUGGUUGGAGUCCCACUGUUCGGAGAUCAGCCCGAUAACCUUGCACGUCUGAGUCGCCGUGGUGCGGCCAUCGUCCUGGACAUCCAGACGAUGACGUCGGACGAGCUAACAGAGGCGUUGGAUGCCGUCAUAAACCAGCCCAGCUACAAAGCCAGCAUGCAGCAUCUUUCAACAGUGCACCGUGAUCGCCCUCUGUCGGCGCUGGACACCGCGGUAUUCUGGGUGGAGUUUGUGAUGAGGAACGGAGAUGCCAAUCACCUGCGGCCGUCGUCACAUGAUCUCAACUUGUUCCAGUACCACAGCUUGGAUGUUAUAGGUUUUCUGCUGGUUGUGAUUGUGAUGAGCAUUGCCCUCUGCUGGUCAGCCAUAAAAUGCGUUUGCCAAAGCUGCAGGAGAACGCGGCGAGAAAAGACGGACUGAGGACGAGCGGUUUGUAAUAAAUACAUAAACAAAACGUUAGGUGAGUCGAGGGUCUCCCAGUCGACCGGCCCAUUAUAUUGGUCGAUACGUUCUGACUCGACCAAAAUUCUGAUUGGUACAUUUGCUGAUGGGGGAGUUUUCAGCCCCCCCCUUUUCAAUAUUUUGGAUUAACCCAAAGAUGCUGACUGCAGAAGGUCUGUAUAAUUUGCUAGUGUUUAUAGCUUACGGCCACUAGGUGGCAUCGAUCAAAAUGCACAGAUGACUCCAGAUGUUUUCUUGUGAAUCCUGAUCAGUGUUUUGUCCAACUGAUUCACAUCACAUGACUGACAAAAGAAAAAUCACUGAUUCUUUUUUUAUUUUUAUUUUGUACAAAACAAACAUUAAUCCUUCGUCCACAAACAGAGAGAAAAUGUUUUGCUAACGUUGAAACUGGUCAAAAACACAAAUAACGAUCCUUUUCCACCACUGAUUGUCAAGACGAUGACGUUCACAACAGAAAUCAGACUUUUAAAAUCCAGCUGAGGGUGACGCAGGGUUGGAACUUUAAAAAAAUUACAGUGGUUAAAAAAAACAACAAAAAACCCAAAUCAAACAAAAUGACAAAAAAAAAAAAAAAAAAGUUGUUUAAAAAGUUUUGGGCUCCACCUUUAAAUUGAGUUUCCUACUGGAGAAAAUGUUCUUGACUUUUCACAAUAAAACAAGUAUUUU